UAGUCCUGUUUCUUUCUAGUAAUCAAACAAAGGCACAGAAACCUAUGCACUUUCAUAUGUACAUGAGUAUAGUGAUCAUUUUCAGUUUGUUUGGUUCAUUUGCGUGAUAUCUUAUAUAUCAUAGAUCUGAACCGAAUAUGAAACUGUUUCAGAAAGAUUCAGAAAAAAUCAUAUGGGAUCAGGUGAGACCGAACCCGACAACACCCGUGUUUUCGAACCGGGCUAGCAAUGGGUACCGUAAGUUAAUGAUGUAUCUUAUGGUGUUUGUUUGUGUAACUUACCUUGUGUACACUCUCAAGCUUCUCAACACUUCUAAUUUGGCUUGCGGCGAACACGAGUUGAUUUUUUCAACUCGUAAUUCGCUAGAGAACCUUACGCUUUCGCCAGAGAUCGUUGAACCGGAGAAAACGGAGCUUAAACAUGUCGUGUUCGGCAUUGCGGCCUCGGCUAAGCUCUGGGAGAGACGGAAGAAUUACAUCAAGUUGUGGUGGAAGAAGGAUGCGGAAAUGAGGGGGAUUGUAUGGUUGGAUAAUCCGGUCGAAACUCAACCCGACGACGGUCUACCACCGGUGAAAAUCUCCGGAAACACCUCGCAUUUCGCUUACAAAAACAAGCAGGGUCACCGAUCAGCGAUUCGGAUAUCGAGGAUUAUAUCGGAGACAUUAAGGUUAGGGAUGGACAAUGUGAGGUGGUUUGUGAUGGGGGAUGAUGACACAGUGUUCAUAACUGAGAAUCUUAUUAGGGUUUUGAACAAGUAUGAUCAUAAUCAGUUUUACUACAUUGGAAGCUUGUCAGAAAGUCAUUUACAAAACAUAUUCUUUAGCUACAGUAUGGCGUAUGGGGGCGGUGGUUUCGCGAUUAGUUAUCCGUUAGCGAAGGCGCUGGAGACGAUGCAAGACCGGUGUAUUCAGCGCUAUCCCGGACUUUACGGGUCCGAUGACCGGAUGCAGGCGUGUAUGGCGGAGCUUGGUGUGCCACUUACUAAAGAAGUUGGCUUCCACCAGUAUGAUGUGUACGGGAACUUAUUCGGGCUGCUUGCUGCGCACCCCGUGACACCACUUGUCUCGUUGCACCACUUGGACGUGGUCGAGCCCAUUUUUCCGAACGUGACACGGGUCAAAGCCUUGCAAAGACUAAUGUUACCUAUGAAACUUGACUCAGCCGGUCUCAUACAACAAUCGAUUUGUUACGACUCCUCAAAGGGUUGGACCGUUUCAGUUUCUUGGGGCUUUGCGAUUCAAAUAUUUAGAGGAAUAUUGUCACCCCGUGAGGUGGAAAUGCCGUCAAGAACUUUUUUGAAUUGGUACCGAAGAGCCGAUUACACGGCUUAUGCUUUCAACACACGGCCCGUUGCCAGAAACCCGUGUCAAAAACCCUUUGUGUUUUACAUGACUAGUGUGCGGCUAAACUCGACAACGAAUAUGACGAUUAGUCAAUACGCGCGCCAUCGUGUGCCUCAUCCCACUUGCAAAUGGCACAUGCAUGAUCCUUCAAAUCUUGAUAAAGUUUUUGUUUAUAAAAGACCGGAUCCACAAUUAUGGGAUAGGUCUCCCAGGAGAAACUGUUGCAGGGUUUUGGAGUCGAAGAGGAAACGUUUGGUUGUGGAUGUUGGAUUAUGUGACGAAGGGGAGAUAAGUGAAGUAGUAAAAUAACAAGCAACGGGUUCUCCUUCAUUCGUCUAUUCCUCUCUUGUAACCUACCUUAUUUUAUGUCCAUUGUUAGCCUUUUGUCUUUGUAUAUUUCACGCAUUUCUCUACUAUCGUACAUGGGUUCUUUGGGUUUUUUUUUCUUUUCGAAAUUCACUAAUACAAAUAGACUAUAUUAGGUCAAUGUAUAAAAUUGUGUUGCUUGCACGCAAUAAACAUGAUUAUUGUGCGCGUAUUAGUCUUGUUAACCUUGCAAACGCGGUCUUUAUGUGUUUGUUAA